AUGCUGCCAACCAACCUGAGGUCCAUCCUCACCGUCAUUGCCGUUGCCGUCACGGUCUCAGCAAACCCCUCUCCUAAACUCAUCGGCUGCGUCGAUGUCGUUGACAUCAAGACUGGAGAAAUCACGAAGUGCGUACCACUCAGCAAACUCGCCAAUGGCCAAGACUCCAACAACAAUGCGAAACACCAAGGGGGACACGCCAGAAAAAAAGCAGCCGACGAAAAUAACCUCUGCGUGAACCUCAAGUACAACAACAACCAGUCCCCUUCUACUGCCACCACAGCUGGUCCUGACCAAAACCGCUGCGUCUCCUUCCCCACCCUCCGCGACCUCCAAGCCAGCUACCAAUACCAAAACACUCUGAUGUCAAGAAGCGAUGAGGGUGGUGACAACGCCGCCGCCUCCAGCAACGAACCAUGCAUGGACAUCUACUACCUCGAUCCCAAGGACAACGUCACCAUCACGGGCCGCUGUAUCCCCAUCACCGACCUCGACAGGUACGAAAAGAUCAACAUCAACUACCAACACCCUCCCGACGACGACCCGCACUUCGGUGGCCAGUUUGGCAAGGAGGAGAAGCAGAAGCGACACCUUGCCCUCUCGCAAAAACGCGACAUGGGCCCAGCAAAAAACUACACUUUCUGCACUGAGCCCUACGACGUCUUCCAGCACGUAGCCUACGGCUCGCCCAUCUGGAGCGACUGCAUCAUGAUCGCAGCCAACGCCAUCCAGCGCAGCCGAUCGUGGACGUGGCGCGCGUCCAAGGGUGCGCACAGCUUGCUGAGUGUCAAGACGUGCGAGCUCGCGCUGCGGACGACGGGCACCCUGGUCACGCCCGGCACGGUGCUGAAGAUUGGUAAUAAGGAUAUCGAGCGCACAUAUCUGGCGGGGGUCAAGGCCAUUAAUGACAUGCCUAAGGAGGCAGGAGGCAAGCAGCAGCUUAGUUACGCGCAGGGGUUCGAGCUGGAAGGCAAGUUCAAGUGUUGGGAUAAUACAGAGAGCGAGCACUAUCUGGUGUAUUUUGGGUAUAUGUUGAAGGGGGCUAAGCCGCAGUGGUGGGAGGGGAUGGGGACGAGGGGAUGA